AUGUGGACAAGGCCCCUUCCUGAGGUCUAUGAUCCACAAGAAGUUGCUGACUAUUUCAGUCGCAGACCUCAUGUAGUGGCCUUUCGACUUAUUGAGGUGUUUGCCUCCUUUGCUUCGGCCGUUUUCAGAAUUCGAGCUUCAGCUGUCCGUAGGUCAUAUAGGUCAAGUGCCAAUAAUGAUGUUGAUAAGAACGGUUCCCAGUACAAUUUUGGGAUGGUGCUGAAAGAAACAAUGCUACACCUGGGCCCCACUUUUAUCAAAGUUGGUCAGUCACUUUCGACAAGGCCAGAUAUAAUUGGCUCCGAAAUUUCAAAGGCAUUGUCUGAGCUGCAUGAUCAAAUCCCUCCUUUUCCCCAAACUGUGGCUAUGAAGAUCAUUGAGGAAGAGUUAGGAUAUCCUGUAGAAACAUUCUUUAGCUACCUCUCUGCAGAACCUGUUGCUGCAGCUUCAUUUGGUCAGGUCUAUAGGGGAAGUACCCAUGAUGGUUUCAGUGUUGCCGUGAAAGUGCAACGUCCAAAUUUGCAUCACGUGGUAGUUCGUGAUGUCUAUAUUCUUCGCCUUGGGCUGUGGCUGUUGCAAAAGAUUGCAAAAAGGAAAAGUGAUCUUCGCCUUUAUGCUGAUGAGCUUGGGAAAGGCUUAGUUGGGGAGUUGGACUACACUUUGGAGGCUGAAAACGCUUCAGAGUUCAGGGUCUAUAGGGGAAGUACCCAUGAUGGUUUCAGUGUUGCCGUGAAAGUGCAACGUCCAAAUUUGCAUCACGUGGUAGUUCGUGAUGUCUAUAUUCUUCGCCUUGGGAUUGCAAAAAGGAAAAGUGAUCUUCGCCUUUAUGCUGAUGAGCUUGGGAAAGGCUUAGUUGGGGAGUUGGACUACACUUUGGAGGCUGAAAACGCUUCAGAGUUCAGGGUACCCAUUUGA